GGACAGUCGUCAUAAACAUGCCUCAGCGUAUGUUGUCUCCUAUCUUCGCUGUUUUCAUUCACACGCUGACUGUCAGAUGUAAACAAACAUUUAUCUCGUAGUAUAUCAGUGAAUUUUCCUAUGAUGCGUUUGUCAUCAACCUUCGCUGCAUGGAUUUCAUUUACAGUAGGACUAUUCCAUCGAGUAAUCGCUGAUACUCCACCCGUGGUACACUUCGAGGUGAACGAAGAAUCUCCACUGCACACCACUAUAGGAAAUAUUUCGGCAUUUAUUUUACCACAGCCGACUAUUACCACAGAUUCCGUAUUUUUCCACGUUACACCAAAGGGAGUCGUACAGCUGAGCACCCGGCUUGAUUUGGAAGCCUUAUGCUCAGAAAAAUUGCUCUGUUGCGAACGUGACAAACCCUGCGAGUUGAGCUCCAGCGUGGUGAUCGAGAGCGGUCGGUCCCGGGAUAUGCAAACGUUGGAGCUGCGGGUCCAUGUACUGGAUAUAAACGACAAUGCACCCACCUUUCUCACUGGAGAUUCCGGUCAAAUCAUAGAGAUACAUGAGCUAGCCAGAGUUGGCUCAUUGUUCGACUUGAUGCCCGCCAUCGAUCGUGACAUUGCCAGAGGAAACCAAAUCCAACGUUACGCUCUACAGGGGGCUGAACUGAAGCGCAUGUUUGAAUUGGACACGUCCGAUAUGGCAGCAAUUCGUUUGCGGUUACUUCGACCACUGGACUAUGAGCAGGAGACUCGUUAUGCUGGAGUGCUGGAAGCCUGUGAUCCGCACAACUGUGUGAGACAAAAUGUGACAAUUAAGGUUACUGAUGCCAAUGACAACCGACCAGUUUUUCUUAAGACUUCAUAUAAUGUGACGGUUCCUGAAAAUUUCAGUGUUGGUCAAACCGUGUUGCAGUUGGAUGCUGAAGACAAAGAUUCACCUGUAAAUGCUCGUAUGGAAUUUCGAUUUCAUGGUGAAACUGAUCAGGGAUUAUUAAAAACCUUCCGUCUAGAACGUGAUUCUGGGCGGAUUAUAUCGCGUAACAAUCUAGCUGCUCAUCGGCGUUCUGAAUACCGGUUUGAGGUGAGUGUUUCAGAAGCGAGUCCUGAAUCCGGUCAGGUCCUUCCUGAGGCUGGUAUUGGUUCACCAUCUCCGAAUCUGCUCCCCUCGUCAGCAAGUCUAGCGAGUGUGAUCAUUCGCGUGGAGGAUCUGAACGACUUCAGUCCGAUCAUUAAGAUGUUCUCUCCGUCCGAAGGCCAGCCUUUGUCGGUGUUGGAGAAUAUGCCCCCUACACGCGUUUGCGUCGUCCAGGUGUCCGACAGUGACUCGGGAGAUAAUGGAAGAGUAACAUGCCGUCUGACUUCUCACUCAUCCGCUUCUCCAGGCACAUUCACCCUAACCAAUAGUGGCAAAUUGUAUACAAUAUCUACCACUCGUCCCUUUGAUGCCGAACGUGAACCACAACUUACAGUAACGUUAACUUGUACUGAUUUCGGAGUACCUUCUCGGUCAUCUAGUCGGGAGCUGUUGAUCAAAGUGGAGGACGCGAAUGAGCACGCACCAGAGUUGGAGAGAAACAGCUACCACACUAAUGUUCGUGAGAAUGCGGUUGCUGGGACGGAAUUAGUUCGGGUGGUCGCUCGGGAUCGAGACCUCCGGGCCCAAUUAUAUUACGAACUGAGUGCCCAAGGAAAGCAAUAUUUCACUAUCAACUCUACUAACGGGGCCAUUACAACCAUAGGCAACGCUGGUGUGAACUUAGAUAUCACCUUGCAACCUACACCUUCCACCCUGUUGGACCGCGAAAAAGUGGAGCGAAUAGCGUUCGUUGUCUGUGUUAGCGAUGGACCACCGCGGUCAGCUUGUGAUGCUGAUACAGGUUUGGCUACUGCCGUGGACAACACUGCUCCACAAGUGUACACAGCGUCUGCGACGGUGUCCGUCACAGUGCUGGAUGUCAAUGACAAUCGGCCACAUUUCAUUGAGAAAGGCCCAUUCUCUGUGCCAGAAAAUCAGCCUCGGUUUACUCAGUUGAAUGGGCAAUUGGCUGCUAUCGACCAGGAUGAUGGCGACAACAGUCGGGUACGGUACAGCCUACGCCAAGUGUGGAUAAGCGCCAGCGGCAUGCCUGCUCCGGAUUUAUUUCAGGUAGAUGCCGAUGGUCACAUUCAGACCCUGGAAUUAUUGGAUCGGGAGACGGUAAACGCCUACAUUCUGGAACUAGUGGCCUGCGACUCUGCACCGCAGACCCCAUUGUGCGCGAGCUUUAACGCAACAGUAUCCGUGUUGGACGAGAAUGACAAUAAACCUGAAUGGCGAUACCCUCAUGACGAAGAUAAAGAAGUUAAUAUCACUGCCGACUUACCCCCUGGACAUAUCAUUGCCCGCGUUCAUGCAGGUGAUAGAGAUACGGGUGCCAACGGUCGUAUCCUCUACUCUCUCAUUGACCCACACAAACGAACAGUGUUUCAGGUGGAUAACAAAACUGGGGACGUGGCCGUCGCGGAAGAUCCAACACACAAUCAAGGCCCUUUGGAUCUUGGAGCGGUCGUCACACCGCGGUUGCAUAGGCCUAGUCCAUUGUUGCCUGGAAUCUAUCGCCUGCGACUACGGGCUUCGGACCAAGGACACCCUCCCCAAAUGACGGAGACAUGGCUGCAGGUUAAUGUUUUCAGUUCGGACGCCGUAGGGAGCGCCGGGUUGAACUUUAUGAUUAUCGUUGUCAUGGUCGCAGUGACUGGCCUGGUGUCCAUAUGUUUGGUUGUCGCUAUUAUAUGCGUGCGUCGGCGUUCCUUCUCUACUCGGCCUUGCUUCAACUUGACCGAUCGGGAUGACGCUACUGGAUUGCGACGGGGGCGUGAUGCUGGAGACGGAGCGGAGGUGCACUUCCCCUUUAAACAUGAAUACGGCUUCCCAGUUGACGGUGCUAGUUACUUGAUGGGAAUCAGUCCGACUCCGUCCGAUCUUGACGCACUGAAAUUUAGCUAUCAACAAACAGCAUCCAUACCCUUCCUUGGUGCGGUGAAUGGAGGAGCUGACACGGGACACUUAUUUGCAUGGUCGGGGCUGAAUGCUUCAAACUCCGUUUGUUAUCCGGUGGGGGUACCAAUGAACUUCAUCGGUGAACACGCUGUCACAGCCGCAACACUGAAUUCCCAUCCGACUACGACAUUGAGGCUACCCACGUACGGAUCAUAUAGCCGAUACAGCCCAUCGACUGUCGGUUCCGAUCAAGCCACACUUAGGCUAAUGCCCCAAGCCCACUGCCCAGAUAUUGCAGUACCAACCUCUUCUGCUUGCCUGACUUUCAUCUCAAAUUCUCCGGUUCUGGAUCAAAACGUCCCAAAUUCAGCGGCACUGCAAAAUUUUGUUGAAGCUGACUCGAAUGUAGGCAAACACGACCGGAGGGAGGACAUGAAUAUACCAUGCUGCGUUGACUCUGGGAACGACCACUAUCAUCAGCAUCAGUAUCCUUCGGGAAAUCGCGGCUCGUACGAUGGCGAAAUUGCAUUUAGACACAGUGUCACGCCCCUCUACACUGGAACUAAUCCUAACGUCUUGGGUUAUUGCUCCGGUGCUGGUCGGCGCUUAUGUGGGAUGGCACACUGCGAGCUGGAUGUAGAAUCUGCAGAUUCUGGCCGGGGGGCCAGCGAGGACGAUCCGGCUGUAAUGAAUGGGACUGGCGUGGUCCAAUUUUAUCCAACAUUCCAAAUCGCACACUCUUCCAACGCGCAUUCAAAUGGAUGCGCUUCUGUGAAUUAUACCGGGUUGAUUGGUGUUGCUGAUUCUGCGUCUGUGGGUAGCUGUAACGGUUGCCCAAUUCAGCUAAAUCUGAGGAUAGACGAUGCCUCCACCUCUGUACCUGAACAUAAAGCCGAAUGGAACCUUGCUGAACGACGACCGCGGCUGAAAUGCUGAUUGGUUGACCAGCCGUUCAACACCUGUAUCUGUGCGUUUUUGCGUCCCUCGACCCCACAUUUUACCCAUAUUCUGUAUCUAUUUUAUUUUAUUGAUUUCAAAGGUUAC